CAAUUGAUUGUGUUCUUCAUGGCUGCAUCAUCUGGCUUCUCUAUAAAACCAGAUCCAUUUACUACAUCUUUUGCCUGCACUGUUUCUUGCUUUUGAUGCCAUGUUUUGUGCUUAACAUCAAUCCAAAUACCAUGGCUUUUCUCUUUCCUCAAAAGUCUUUCAUGUUUCUGGUUUUUUUUAUUAAUGUAAUACAAGGGUUGGGCAACAGAUUUGGGCAACAGAUUUGGGCAAUUAUCAUACUUGAUCUGAGCCCAAACUGAAAAAAGCUGUUAUUCUAUUCUCUGGGCACAAGUAUCAAAAUUUUUCUUCUCCUUUUACUUUUCACUGUUCUAAUUUGCUCAACUAGGUUAAAUUCUAUCAUAAUUAUGGUCCAUUCUGAUUUUUUAUGCUAUCUACCCUGAUAUAUAUAUAUAUAUAUAUAUUUUCAAAUAUUCUUUUCUUAAACUUGCAGUGAGCUUUCUAGCAGAUCUUGGUGGCCUAUAUUGCAUCUGUGUUGGGAUCUUUCUCUACCUCUUGGUGCAAUUUGAGUACAGAAUAAAAAAACUUCGCAAUGAAGAUAGCAUUUUACGGGGGAUCAGAAAUCGAAGAAAAGCUCAGGAACGCUGGGAUAAAUUGAGAAAAUAUGUAAUGUACACAUGGGGAUGCAACACAAUGAAUGAAGAUCAUAUCCACUCUCAAAAGGGAUCAACGUGUGGCAGUUUCAUGAUUUCAUCAACUCCUAGUAAAGGACCAUUCCCUCUCCGAGUAAGUUCAAGGAGGCAAAAGCUGCAAAAUAAAAAGGAUACCAUCAGUUUUAAUAAGAAAGUCAGCUUACCUGAUGAGAAGAAUAGCACUCUAGAACACACACCAACUCUGGAAUUGAAAUCCUUUACGACUGGAACUGCAUCAAACUUUGACAGGAAGUUGUCAAGUUCAACGAUUGAACCUUCCCUGAAACAUGAUGAGCCUGGGUCUGCAAAUCACAAAGAAAAACAUUUUAUUCCUUCACAAGAUACAGUUGCCUUCAAGCAUCAAGCAUUGUCUCUUGGUGAUGAAAUCAUUCCUCCACCACCACCACCAUUAGAUCUGAAAGACAACUCUGAGGUUGAGAUGUCAGAUAUCAAGAAGAAUUUUCAACGUUUAUACGACUACAACGUCAUGUUACGAGAAAAGUUUGUAGAAACGCAAUCCUUGCUUCACACUUUAGCAGCUAAGUCCUUGUCUCCUGGGAAAGAAAGUGAGAAAUGACAUUGGUUAGUUCUUUAACCACAUAACUCCUGUCAGAAAUUGCAUAAGCGUGGACUUUCUUCAGAUAUGUUCUCGUGGAACUAAUACUGUUCUUUAACAAUUCAUAUCCCGUUAUGGAGGCAAAAUUCUUCAACCUUUGUCUCACCUACUUAGUUCACCACGAGCAGAAAAGAAGAGGGGAUAUAACUUUUGCAUGAAGAAGCCAUUCACAUCCUGGAAGGAGUCAGUUUAUUCAACCAAAGCUAUAUACGGAAUAGCUUUGUUGGUCUGAAUGUAAGAUUGUUUGCAGGUGAGUUGCACUGUGGGGACUAAUCUUACUGGUAUGAGGAUCGAAAAGCAGAUUAUCACAUGAUUAUUGAAUCUAAAUCAUAUUCUCUGUACCAUACAAGGGACCAAAAUGAGAGAAAUACUAAACAAUGUAUUCAAACAGAUGAUUGGUUUAUGAGGAUUGAAAGAAAUCAUGGGAACAAAUCCUGCAUUUAUAAAUGUCUAACUUCAAC